GCAGCGGACACAGCGCGUGUCACUUUCCGGAAAGUGACGCACGAGGCUCUGAGAACAUUUUCCCCGGCUCGUGCUCUUUGUCCAUCAGCUCUGAAGAAACAGAAACACCAUGGCGACUGUGGUCGACACCAAACUAUACGACAUCCUGGGAGUGUCUCCAUCUGCCACGGAGAAUGAACUGAAGAAGGCAUACCGAAAACUGGCUAAAGAAUACCACCCUGACAAGAACCCAAAUGCUGGUGACAAGUUCAAAGAAAUAAGUUUUGCCUACGAGGUUCUGACCAACCCUGAAAAAAAGGAAUUGUACGACCGCUAUGGAGAACAGGGAUUGCGGGAAGGAGGUGGGGGUGGACCGGGGAUGGAUGAUAUCUUCCACAUCUUUGGCGGUGGACUCUUUGGAUUCAUGGGCGGCCAGGGGAGUCGCGCCAGGAAUGGAGGUCGACGGAGAGGAGAGGACAUGGUCCAUCCACUCAAGGUGUCAUUGGAGGACCUUUACAAUGGGAAAACAACUAAACUUCAACUUAGCAAGAAUGUACUGUGUAGCACUUGUAAUGGGCAAGGAGGCAAGACAGGCGCCGCAGAAUGUACAACAUGUAGGGGGCGUGGCAUGCGCAUCAUGAUCAGACAGCUGGCCCCAGGCAUGGUCCAACAGAUGCAGUCUGUGUGCACUGAUUGUAAUGGAGAAGGGGAAGUCAUCAGUGAGAAAGACCGUUGUAAAUGUGAGGGUAAGAAAGUGGUGAAGGAGGUGAAGAUUCUCGAGGUCCAUGUGGACAAGGGCAUGAAGCACGGACAGAAAAUUACCUUUGGAGGGGAGGCAGACCAGGCACCCGGUGUGGAACCUGGAGAUAUAGUCCUUGUCCUGCAGGAAAAAGACAACGAGACAUACAGGCGAGAAGGAAAUGACCUAUUCAUGACUCAUAAAUCGGGCUGGUGGAGGCGCUGUGGCGGCUUCCAGUUUAUGCUGAAACACUUAGACGGGAGACAGAUCGUGGUGAAGUACCCUGCUGGCAAAGUCAUUGAACCAGCCUCAGUUCGGGUGGUUCGAGGAGAGGGCAUGCCCCAGUACCGAAACCCUUUUGAGAAGGGAGAUCUGUAUGUCAAGUUUGAUGUCCAGUUCCCUGAAAACAACUGGAUCAGCCCUGAGAAACUUGUGGAGCUGGAGGACAUGCUGCCCUCACGAUCAGAGCCGCCCAUCAUCACUGGAGACACAGAAGAGGUGGACCUGCAAGAUUACGACGUCAGCCAGAGCUCAUCGUCAGGGGGCCGCAGGGAGGCCUACAAUGACAGCUCUGACGAAGAGGGCGGCCACCACGGGCCGGGGGUGCAGUGCGCCCACCAGUAGUCUCAUAAUCUCCCAUACACAUGUGACCCACGUUGUACUUGGGGAGAAAAUGUUCGAGUUGCAGAGUAAACAAGGAGGUAGGUGAGACUGAAGAGGCUCAUUAGUUCCUCAGACACAAAUCAAAUAAAGGUUCUAAUUAUCACAGCACCUGAAAUUAGUAAUAUUAUUGACAUGUGUGAUGUGAUUAUUUUGAUCUUUGUCCGAGGAACUCACACUGGGGCAGCCAAAGACUUAUCAUUACUGCUCCUGGAACACAUUUAGACACUUUAAACAGCAACUUCAGGUAGAAGUCAUAUUAUUUAAGAUGUAUAAAAAGCAUGGUUGCCCCAGUGAAAGCCAUGUUAGGACUGAUCUGGUGUUCAAAGUGAACCCCUCGCCCCUCUUUCCUCUGUCACCCCCCCGCUUAAGUCCACCCCCACUCAUGGGAACUCCAGAUCAAUCAGAGAAAGGAAUGUUUCUUGUUUGCUGAGUGUGACUUGCGUUUUGUUUUCAUAGUAUUUACAAUAAUUUAAAAAACUAACCAAUGUGCAUACACAGACAAAGCAGCUGAGCAAUGUGAUGUGCAGAUCCUCUGACUUGUGUAUUCAUGGAAUCAUCCACUCAGCACCAUUCGUAGGAUUUGCUUUGAUUUUUACAGCUUUAUUUUCUUUGUAGGUUUUUACUUGUUUUUCCCUUUCUUUAUAUUUAAUGCAGAUUGAACAUUGGUUAUGGUGUAUAUCAUUGAACUGGAUGUUGGUAAGCUUCAUCAGCUGCUGUAUUCAAAAGCUCUGUGAUUUUUAAAAAAGAAAAACGAAGUGAAAUGACAUAUAGCCUGUAUCUGUGCUGAGACCAUGUGCAUGUAAAAAGCUUUGGUUCCCUGCACUUAUCUAACAUCAAACAAAGCAGCACACUUCUGAAGAAAUGUCUAUGAAGUUGUUGAAUAAAUUGUUGAAAUAUCAUGAA